AUGCUGGCUAGACGGCCGCGCGAUCCCCUCCAGGCCCUGCACCGCCGCAGCCAGGAGCUGAAGCAGCAGGUUGAUAGUUUGCUUUCUGAGAGCCAAUUGAAAGGAGCUCUAGAAGCCAAUAAAAGGCAAGAUAUUUACCAAAGAUGUAUCCAAUUAAAACAUGCAUUAGAUGAAAAUAAAAAUGCUCUUCAAAAAUUAAGCAAAGCUGAUGAAUCUGCACCUGUUGGAAGAUAUAAUCAGAGAAAAAUAGAGGAGCAUAAUCUUUUGGAUAAGCUAACCCACCAACUCCAAGAACUUGCUGUGGCCAUAAGUAGAGAAAAUAUAACUGAAGUUGGGACACUUACUGAAAGAGAGGAAGAUGAUGAUUCUGUUGGAGAAAGUGAAGAAGAAGAAGGAGAAAGAGAAGAAGAUGAAGAAGACAAUGAAGAAGACAAUGCCAACAACAGUGAAGAAAGUGGUGAUGAGGAAACAGGAACAGAAGAGAAAGAAAAACAGGAAGAUCAAUCUCACAAACAAGCAACACAUAAAGAAUAUAUUACUGUUGGAGAUUUUACUGCUCAACAAGUUGGGGAUCUUACAUUUAAGAAAGGGGAAAUUCUCCUUAUAAUUGAAAAGAAGCCUGAUGGUUGGUGGAUAGCUAAGGAUGCCAAGGGAAAUAAAGGUCUUGUUCCCAGAACCUACCUGGAGCCACAUAAUAAAGAAAAAGGCCAAGAAUCAAGUGAAGAAGGCAGUGAAGAUGUAGAGGUGGUGGAUGAAACAGCAGACAGAGCAGAAGUUAAACAAAGAACUGACUCUCACUGGAGUGCUGUCCGAAAAGCUAUCUCAGAGCAAAUAAACACUAUUGACGUGUUAACCACAAUGGGAGCUAUUCCUGCAGGGUUCAGGCCUUCCACACUCUUCCAGCUUCUGGAGGAAGGGAAUCAAUUUCGAGCAAGUUACUUCUUACAACCAGAGCUCACUCCUUCACAGCUGGCCUUCAAAGAUUUAAUGUGGGAUGUUAAAGAAGGCACUAUUAAGUCAAGAGCAAAUCGUGUUUCAUUGAUUCUGACACUAUGGAGUUGUAAAAUGAUUCCUCUUCCAGGAAUGAGCAUACAGGUUCUCAGCAGACAUGUCCGCCUCUGUCUAUUUGAUGGUAAUAAGGUUCUGAGCAACAUUCAUACUGUCAGAGCCACAUGGCAGCCUAAAAAGCCCAAAACAUGGACCUUUUCUCCCCAGGUUACUGGCAUUUUGCCAUGCUUGCUUGAUGGUGAUUGCUUUAUCAGAUCUAAUUCUUCUUCUCCAGAUCUUGGAAUAUUAUUGGAACUUGGAAUUUCUUAUAUUCGCAAUUCAACUGGUGAAAGAGGAGAGUUAAGUUGUGGCUGGGUGUUUCUUAAGCUUUUUGAUGCCAGUGGGAUUCCUAUUCCAACAAAGACUUAUGAACUCUUCUUGAAUGGUGGCACCCCUUACGAAAAAGGUGUUGAAGUGGACCCUUCAGUGUCCAGAAGAGCACAUGGCAGUGUUUUCCAUCAGAUGAUGACAAUGAGAAGGCAGCCUCAACUUCUGGUAAAACUGAGAUCUUUGAGCAGAAGGUCAAGAAGCAUACUAAGUCUACUGCCAGAAACAUUAAUUGGAAGUAUGUGCUAUGUUCACUUAUUGGUAUUUUAUCGUCAAAUCCUUGGAGAUGUGCUUCUGAAAGAUAGGAUGAGUUUGCAAAAUGCUGAUUUGAUUAGUAAUCCAGUAUUGGCCACCUUCCCCAAGCUCUUGGAGCAGCCUGAUAUUAUGGAUGCUCUCAGGAGUUCAUGGGCUGAAAAAGAAAGCACAUUAAAAAGAUCGGAGAAGAGAGAUAAAGAGUUCCUGAAGACCACGUUUAUCCUGGUGUACCACGACUGUGUGUACCCACUUAUCCAUUCCACGCUCCUGCCCCCAUUCAGGUGGGCAGAAGAAGAGACGGAGGCUACGCGAUGGAAAGUUAUUGCUGACUUCCUUAAGCAAAACCAGGAAAAGGAGGGUGCUCUCCAAGCUCUGCUGUCACCAGAAGGAGUUCAUGAACCUUUUGAUCUUUCAGAGCAGACCUAUGAUUUCUUAGGUGAAAUAAGAAAGAAUGCAAAUUGA